AUGUAUCGAGUACUUUUGAGUGGUGCAGCUGGCAGCGGAAAAGGGACAAUCGCCCGAAUGUUGGUCCGAGAGUUUGAACCUCUGGGAUUCAACUAUUUUGCCGCUGGAGACUUCAUUCGUGAUCACAUUGCUAGAGGAACAGAAUUCGGAGUUCGUGCACAAUCGUUUUUGAACAAGGGCGAGCACGUUCCAGACAGUAUUCUCAAUGGAGCUAUAUUGGCCGAGAUGCUGAAAGCAGGACCAAGAGUGAUCCUGGAUGGUUAUCCGCGGAACAUGAAUCAACUCAAAAUGGUAGAAGACCAAGCUCCACUGAAUCUAGUAGUUGAAUUGAAGGUUCCUCGCAAAGUGCUCAUCGAUCGUCUUUCCAAACAAUUGGUGCAUCCAGCAUCCGGAAGAGCUUAUAAUCUGGAAGUGAAUCCUCCAAAGGAGGAGGGAAAAGACGAUAUAACAGGAGAGCCAUUGUUCAAGCGUAGUAUGGAUCAAUUAGAAGUAGCGAGAAGAAGACUAGAAGUGUACGAUAAGACGGAGAACAAAGUUCUUGAUUACUAUAAGAAGCAAAACAAAUGCAUCACAAUGUCUGGAGAAUCAUCAAAAGCUGUAUUUGAAUCAGUCGCCGAUGUGAUGCGUCGUGAUCUAGUCACAACGACUCCAAGAACCGCCUACGCUUAA